AUGAAAUUGGUAUUAGGUUUGAUCACCCUAGUGGCAUUGGGCAGUUGUGCUUCUUUCUUGGAAGAACAACAACCAAUGGAAAAUAAAAUAUAUAAGAUCAAGUUGGACAGGACAGAAUCAUAAGCCAGAAAAUCGUUAUUCGAUUUUGUCACAACCAGUCAACAAUACAGGAAGAGUCCCGAUGUGUUAGGCGAAGCAGAUUUGGAAAUGACCUAAACUAAACAGAAGGAAUCAAUCAAAUUGUACAACUUCAAGAAUACCCAAUAUACAGGAGAGAUUGGAUUAGGUGGUUAAGAUAAUAAAUUCAAAGUAUUAUAUUAUAUAACAACAUAGGUUAUCUUCGACACAGGAUCCGCUAACAUUUGGUUGAAUUCAGCUAGAUGCAACGAUUACGGAUGCAAGAAUCACAAACAAUAUGACGGUUCAAAGAGUCCUACCUAUGAACACUUAGGUUAUGAUUUGGACGUCGAAUUCGGAACUGGAGAAUUGAUGGGAGAAGUACUAAUUUGCAUAAGAAAACAUAGAUUAAUGCUGACACAGCCUAUGUCGGAGGAGUCUCUAUAGCCAAAUAGGAAUUUGCAGAGAUUGUCAGAGAAAAUGGCGAUGUCUUCGCAUAAGCAGGUUUUGAUGGCAUUGUUGGAUUAGCAUAUCCAGAAAUGGCCGCUUACAAUUUCAACCCAUUAUUUGAUAAUAUCAUUAAAUAGAAAUUGUUGGACAGAAAUGUGUUUUCUUUCUACUUUUCGAGAUAAGAAGGUUCUAGAUCAUCCGAAUUAACCUUGGGUGGUUGGGACACUGAGCAUUUCACUGGAGAUUUGCAUUUCCACAAUGUAGCCAACAAAUAUUAUUGGUUAUUGGAUGCAGACAACAUUUUGGUCAAUGGAAAGGACUUGGGACUUUGCAAACAUGGCUGCAAAGUAGUUGCAGAUACUGGUACUUCAUUAUUAACUGGUCCAUCAGAUGACUUAUAUGAUUUACUAGGUAUUUCUCUAUAAUCUAUAUUUAAGACACCUUGAAUAUUGAUGAAAAUUGCAGCAACAUCAAAGAAUUGCCAAAAUUAACAUUCGUUUUAGAUGGUGUCAAUUAUGAUUUGGAUGCCAAUGAUUACGUUAUGAAAAUAGAUUCAGAAGGAAAUGAAGUAAACAAUUAAAAUAGUAGUUUAGGUUGCUUAUGAUACUUUCGCAAGUACUGAUAGUUUUGUAGAAAUGGGAGCAAAUUGCUAAUGUGUUGGUUCAUUCAUGCCUUUAGAUAUCCCAUCACCUUAAGGGCCAGCUUGGAUUUUGGGUGAUACUUUCCUUAGCAAAUUUUAUUCCGUUUACGAUAGAGACAACGACAGAGUUGGUUUUGCCAGAGCAAAAUGAUUCAUAUUAAUAUCACACAUAAUAUACACACC